AUGGAUUUACCCACGGUAACAGAUAAGCUCCCCACCUACCCCCCAAAGAUCCAAGGGGAAUUACGGUUGAUUCUUCAAACAAAGGAUACUUUCAUAGUUUGCUAUCGUCAACUGGAGGAGUAUCGUCGACUUGUUGAUGAACAAAAAAGUCUUAUAACAAAAGACUUUGUACAAGAACAACUACAGGCUACUGAGGAUGAAUUAGAAGAGUUGAAAAUGGAGUUAUUUGAGGCGGAGGGUAGGUUGGAGGACCGAAUAAAGCAUAAUGAGAUUCUGGCCCAACAACUCGUCAACUAUGGUUUUGAUGGACUGGAAAGUAAUCUGACAGCUCGACAGUUAGCCAUGAUCAGAGCCCCACAGACCCGCAAGCAGAUGCUUAUCCAACGCAGGACCAGUUCCGAUAUGUGUGCUGGUGACGGUGAAAGAUCGAAAUCCCAUCUUAUCGAUAACAUUGCGCUAGCCCUUGAUGAAAUUCACAAAGAGGUUCGAAACAAAGUGAAGCCACUUUUGGACUACUAUCGAGAUUUGUUUUACCUCCAAUUGCAUUUUAGCAUCGUCCUAGGGGAGGUGUGCAAUUACUGCAUGCCUAUUGUGACAGAAAACAUAGGACUGCUAGAACGUGUCUUUUUUUGGUCUGAUCGCCCAGAGUUUGAACUCAUUCGCAAAUCUUCAGAUAUUUCUGAUCGACUAAAAGAGAUCUACACAAGAACACAACAGAUCUACCAUAUUCUAUCUGAGUCUGUGCGCUUCCUUCAGUCAAAAGUUGAUCUUCAAAAGUCACUAGAAGCACGAUUCCAUGAAAGAAAUGACGAACAGCAGAAGAUGAAGGACAAAAUUCUGCGCGACAUUCACGCUGCCAAAGUGAAUAUGGAUGCGUUAGAGGAAGAAAACGAUAAGCUGGUGGGGAGCCUGGUGAAAAUAAACCCCAACUUUGUGGAAAGCCAAAAUUUUGCUGAGUUUGCUGAACGUGGAAUGAGGUCAGGGACGCUGCCACGAAAACCCGUCCAAUCCUCAAACAUUCAGACAGCCGACCAUUUUAAGCCCGAGAUUGAGGGGAAUUCAUACAUUGCCAAUGCACAGGAUAUUAACAACCAUAGAGUUGGUGGUGCGGAUAAAAAGGAGUCGGUUUCUAAUCCCUCCAAAAGGCACCACAAGGAGAAGAAAACCGAUGAAACUCAGAAGAAACCAACUAAAAGUUCAAGGAAACGGGAAGUCUCCCGAAGGGCACGAAGUAUUGAGCAUCGUACGUCAAGUAAUAGACGCGGGUCACGACAUGGAUUAAUUGAUUCUAAGGGAAGAACUCUAAGUAGUGGUGAGGAACACAGUUUUAGUCGAACAACUAGAAAUCCGUCACUUGGAGGUGUGGAUAGACCUCUCUGUGACACUGAAAGUGAGCACACACGACCCCGAAGCGAACUAUUUUCUCCCAAGGACACGGGAGGAGGGGCAGUGAGAAGAAUUUCCCUAAAAACUCGUCUCUUGGAUCGAACCCGGGGCUUAUUAGAUUUGAGAAGGCUUCGUGGGCGAGAUAGUGAAGAUAGCUCAAGCCUUGGAGGUCUGAUCAAAUCGAGCCAUCCUGAAAGGGGAGACUCGGUUCUGGCCACUUUCUCAUCUCUCACUGGUCAUAGAAGAUCAGAUUCAAGUGUGGUGCUAUCGGAAGGGGUGAAACAGAAAGAUGGUCUAGAAGGUUCUGAGGGUCAAAGACGUAAGAAGCAGCGAGGAAGGCGAUCAAAGGACCCAGGUCCAGAGAUUCAGCAGAUUUCGGUAAAGGAUGACAACCUGCUAGUGCUGAAUGGAGGUUCUGGCGAAUGCGAGAGUCGUCAGUCGAAGUCAAAAAACCGCAGUCGUCAAAAUGAUCUUGCUAAUUAUUUGGCCAGCUCCGGAUCAGAUAAUCUAUCUAGUACAGAAAAUUCAGUUCUCCCUGUUCUUUAA